AUGUCGGAAGUGCAGUCUAGACCCUCAGCGCCCCGUGGGAGAGGCUCACACCGUGGCGGCAGAGGUGGUUUCAGAGGUGGACGAGGAGCCAGCAAGAAUACAAAGAGCGAUGGAGAAAAUGCUCCAGCAUCCCUCGAAGACCAGGGCGAAAUUGGUGAACUCAAGAUGAGACAUGGCAGCAAGGUUUCUACAGUGCGGGAGCUUUUCCCUGAUUGGACUGUCGAGGACGUGGUCUUUGCUCUGGAGGAAACUGGUGGAGAUCUCGAGAGCACCGUUGAAAGAAUCACAAAUGGCAGCAUCUCCCAAUGGGGUGAAGUAUCGAAAAAAUCCGACCGAUCUCGUUCAAAAGUGAAAGAAGCGCAGGGAGUGUCCCAAGAUGUAACUGGCAAUCGAGCUGCUCGCGGACGAGGUGGAACAGAAGGGCGUACGCGUGGCCGAGGCACUGACCGUGGACGAGGCGCACGAGGGGGCAGGGCUGCCAGCAAUGCAAAUGGCACCAGGACUUCAGAAAAGACUGUCAAGCCGGCCCAGGAUGGUUGGGGAGACACUGCUGGAGGGACCGCAACAGAAGCUACAGGAUCGUGGGCUGAUGCUCCCACGAACGGGGAUUCUGCAACCGUUGAUGUACCGGCAAGCUGUGAAGCAUCUAAAGAACCCAUCGCCAAGUCGGAAGAAACGAAGAGCAAUGUCAUACCCUCAGGCAAAGUCUCAGGCUGGGCAGGUCUUUUUGCAAAACCCCCUCCUGAACUUCCGUCGAAGAAAAUGUCAUUGCCAGCACCAUCCCCAGCAGCCGAAGAAAGUCUUCCGCAACCAGAUGAAAGGGACCACGAUGGAGUUCCUGAGCAGCAGCAGCAGCAACCUGAGCAGCAACCCGAGCAGCAACCCGAGCCUUCGAUCGAUGGCAUCUCGAGUGAUAUAGUGGACGCACCAUCCUUGGAUCCAGCACUUACGCUCACACCUUCAAAAGAUGAGUUGACUCAUGAUAACCUGGAGCACAUUCCAGAUGUGUCACAGCCUAUCACUACAGCUACAGCGGCUAGCACCGUGGCCAGUACUCAGGAUCCUCACAGCAAUCUGACCAGCACGCAGCCAGUUGUUCGCCCAGGCAUGUCUGGUUAUGCAACAAGCGCGAUGAAAGCGACGUCUGGCACCGGACGCACAUCGAGCUUUCAGCGUAGAGUUUUGGAGCAGCAGGAAGCGGUUGUGAUGCCGGAUAAUCACGCGGUUAGCCGUGCCGCCAUGCAAUUUGGUAGCAUGAACAUCAAUGGUUCUCCCGAUGAUGCUGGGCUGGACGAAGACCGAGAAGAGCCAGAGACGAGGACUCAGCUUCCAGACGAUUCUCCCGUUGCUCCGAGAGCUUCUUUGCCGCCACCGCCUGCUGUUCAACCACCUGAGCCCGCAGCAGAGCCUGUCCCUGCAGCACGACCUGCGCCUGGAUUGCCUCCAGCGCCCCAGCAGCAACCUACUUCUCCGACCCAAACAACAGCAUACGCUGAUCAAUUUGCUCGGUAUGGCCAACCUGUGCAGAAGGCAUAUGAUACCUUCGGGCAGCAAUCAGCCCAGCAACCAAAAGCCCAGGUUCAGGACGCUUUUGCCAGCCAGGCACCAACGCAAACUCAACCAGCGGCGUCAGCUUCGGCCCCCAACGAAUACUCUGCAUUCUACAAUCAAGAUGCUCAACGCAACAUGACAUAUCAAAACUACUAUGGAUACGGACAGAAUCAAGACGUUCAACAGCGUUCAGGAAGCGCUUUUGGUAGCACGGGGACGGAAAACCAGCCACAAUAUGCCACAAGUCGCCCUCAGGCCGGUUUCGGACCGCAAGACGCACAGGACAGCGGCAACAAUACGCCUAACCCUGCACUUCCUGGUCAGCAGCAUCAACAACAACAGUCCCAGCAGAUGCACCAAUCUCAGGGUUCGCAGGGCGGAUAUCCUUAUGGAUAUGGCAAUGCGGGCUAUAAUCAGCCUUAUCCCCAACAAUAUGCGGCUUACAUGAAUCAAAUGAGCCAACAUCAGUACGGUCAGAACCGUCCCAUGUUCGAUGACGCUCGCCGCUACGAUGAUUCCUACAUGUCUCAGAGCAGCCAAUACGGCGGCUAUGGUAGGCAAUAUGGUGGGCACUACAACAAAUCAGGCAUGUACAAUCAGCCCCAGCAUCAGUACUCGUAUGAGCACUCUUCCUCGCCUGCGAACACGGGCAGCUUCAAUGCAUCCUCGAUGGGACGUGAAGGAAUGUAUGGUCGAACCGGAUCUGCUCAGCCUUCUGAAUCACAACCAGCUGCAGGUGGCAAUACCUUUGGAAGUAUGAAUGAUCCAUUCAGCAGAGAUCAGUCUGGCUUCGGAGGGCACACCCCAAUGUCGCAGCAGCACUCUGCCCAGAUCGGGCUCGAGGAUGCAUCAAAGGGAUAUGAUCCGGCCAAAACGGGUGGUCCGAGCCCGAUCGUCAAGGCUGCCCAUCGUCCCGGUUCUGCGGUGAACAAUAUGCAAUCACAGCAAGGUGGUCAGUCUGGUGGAUUUCCGCCCCCCCAAUCGCAGCAAGGCAGCCAACAAGCUUUCGGCGGUUAUCCGCAAUAUGGUGGAUUUGGCGCCAACGUGGCUGGUCAUCAGCAGGGCCAGAGCAAUCAUCCUCAAAGCACUCAGCAAUAUGGCGGGUAUGGCGGCAGUGCUGGAUUUGGAAACUACGGAGGCUACGGCAGUGGACGUGGUUGGAGUGGAAGCUAUGGAGGUGGUCACUAA